AUGAACCCGGUUACUGGUAGCAUUCCCGGGGUUACGAAUGGUGCGUCGAUGAUAUCGCCAACGUUUCCGUCACCUCAUAGCCUGUACAGUUCGCAGCACCACAUGGAUGUGUACCGUACCAACGGCAGCCUUUCGAUGACGGCGGACCCGUUCCCCGCGACGCCGUACACACCCAUCAGUAGUCUCUUCAUGUCUCCCUCCGUGCGCAACUCGCUAACCACCCCGCACUCGGUGCGGCCGCGUCGCCCGGUCACACACGUCACGUCAUCGAAGUUCUCCAUGUACACCACCAUCUACAACCUGGAGUCGGAGCCGAAGGCGAGUGUGAUGAUGCCCAAGGUGCGCAUGCAGGUAUACCAGACGAGUGCGCGGUACACCGGCAAAGACAUUCUCCUGCGUCGGCUGGUGAACGUUCUGGUGAAGGAGGAGGAGUGUGCGGCCGUGAAAGAGGCGUUGCGGCAGUACCGGCACCCCAACCUGGUGCCACUGACGAACCUCUUCGCUACCGAGGAAUUCGUGAUGGGCAGCACUGACGUGAUCAUGGAGUACCGCUACAUCUCAGGGGCAAAGGGCUUGCAGGAGGCCUUCUUUACGGAGGGACGUCGCGCGACGGAGGGGCUGCUGUGGUCCUUCACGUGCCAGCUCGUAGGCCUACUCCGCUCCUUCCACGAGACCCUCAUCCCGUUGCACGGCUUGCACUGGUCAAAGAUCAUCUACGUCGAGACGACCGGCCGAUUCUACUUCACCGGCUUGGGACUGACUGACCUACUAGAACCGCGCAGCGCGACGGUGCAGCAGCACAUUUUCAUGAAGCAAGACAUACAAGCCCUCGGCUUCAUCCUCUUUCAGCUCGCCUCUCGGAACCUCAACGUCAAGCUGGAGACUUUCACAAACAAGCAGCCGCUGCCCGGCUUCUCACAAAGCUUCUGGGAGCUAAUCAAGACAUGCUUGGAGGGACACGCCGACUCGGCGCAGCUGUGUCACGCACUUGGUGAGCGCAUGUCGAUGGAGGUGGGCCACCAGGAGGGACACACAGACUUCCUCAUGUCUCAGUGCCAGAAGGAGAUGCACAACGGUCGUGUGAUGCGCCUGCUCAUCAAGCUGAGCUUUGCUUUAGAGUCGCCCGCUGAGGUACACGAGUAUACAUCGGAGAAUCAGCGCUACGUUCUGCGCCUUUUCAACCAGUUCCUGUUCAACCAGGUGGAUGAGCAGAACCGGGUGAACGUGGACUGGGGCCAUGUGUACCACUGCCUCAACAAGCUGGACAUUGGCUCUGACGAGACGAUCCAACUGAUCGGUACGGACACCAGCAACACGGUGCUGGUCGUGAGCUACGCUGAUUUGCGUGCCAUGCUCGACAGUGUUUUUGAUCGUGUGCAGCAGGUGGCGCAGAUGACGACGGACGUUGAUCCGCAGAGGUACACCAUGUCCCCUGGUAGCAUAUAG